CAUACCUUUUUAGGCACGCCCAGUCUCCCAAAUCACUUUUUUACAGUAGGGUUGCUAUGCUGUCACUUGUAGAUUGCUAGAGUUCACCUGUCGUGCUGCUUCCACUCACUGUCUGCUUGAGAAUAGGCUUCACCAUCAGCAUCACGAAAUCGAUGUAGAAAUGAAAAACGAUGUGGAAGGGGGUCUAGCGCUGUAGUGGUAUUUGAUAACUGCGACGGCUCCCAGCAACAGGUGUGUUCUGUCUAGACAUUCAGGAACAUACAGAAAGACAGCAAAACCCAAGUCUUCCCAAAUCAACUUUCCACCCUACUCCUCCUCUAUACCCAUUCCCACCUCUUUCCCUCCAUCCCUCUUUCCUUCCCUCGCCCCACCUCUCCAUCAUCAUGUCCAGCGGAGCCCUGGGGCGUCUCAGUACCUUGACUCUGAGUGUGAAGCAGCUCAGCCGGCUGCCUCACCUCUCCGACAUCCUCCCCUCUUCACUCCCCUCCCUCCCCUCCCCCAGCCCCACCGUCCCUGUCUCCUGCGUCCCCACUCUGUUCCAGGAGCCUUACAUCCUCUCUGGCUACCGCCCGGUGGGGCAAGACUGGCGCUGUUACGUUCUCAGCCUCUUCCAGAGACACAAUGAAUCCCUCAACGUCUGGACACACCUUCUGGCAGGUCCCCUGGUGCUACUACGCGUCUGGGCCUAUGGAUUGUCCCUAGACUCGGCGUCCCUGCCUCUCUGCCUGUACAUACUGUCUGCCCUCACCUACUUGUGUUGCAGCGUAGCAGCCCACCUGCUUCAGUCCCACUCUGAGCUGGCCCACUAUACUCUGUUCUUCCUGGACUACGUGGGUGUGUCUGUGUAUCAGUAUGGCUGUUCCCUGGCUCACUAUUUCUACUGCUCUGAGCCAGUCUGGAGGGAGAGCCCCGUAGGGUUCUGGUUCCUCCCUGGCGCUGCCCUACUUGGCUGGCUGUCCUGUGCUAGCUGCUGCUUUGCCAAGUCACGCUACCGCCGGCCUUACCCGCUCCGGAGAAAGAUCUGCCAGCUGAUCCCCACCAGCAUGGCCUACUUCCUGGACAUCAGCCCUGUAGCCCACCGCCUGGCUACCGUACCCUGGGGUCAGGACCCCGCUCUACCGCUCCACGCCCUGCAGAUGGCCGCCUUCCUGCUUGCAGCCUUCUUCUUCUCCUGCCCUGUUCCUGAGAGGUUCUUCCCGGGGCAUUGUGACAUCAUGGGUCAGGGUCACCAGAUCUUCCACCUCUUCCUGUCUCUGUGUACUCUGUGUCAGCUGGAGGCCCUUUUCCUGGACUAUGGCAGUCGGAGGGAUACAGUGCUGCAGUUGUAUGGGGAGAGGCAGCUGUGGUUCGCCGGUGUAUCCUUCCUCGCCCUAGCACUAUGUAGCACCCUGACCGCGGUUGUCAUGAGGAGGCAUGUACAGAGACGACUGGAGAAAAGCGAAACUGUGAAACAGUGAGGAAUGGCAGGGAGAGGAAGAACGAGAGACAUUUUCAGUGUUUUGAGAAUAAUCAUGUCCUGUAAAUGUAUAGAGAGACAGUAUUUAUCUAAGAUGAUGAGCAUCUUUGUAGCAGAUAAAGGUUUCUUGCCUUAAAAGAUCUUUUGAUUCCUGUACAAUCUAACCAUGUCCUUCUUUGUUUACUUCCUGGACACGGGGUAAAUAUUUCUUUAUUGCCUAUUUCUGACUAGUUAUUGAUCAAUAAGCUUAGAUUCAGUAGCCUGGUCCCAGAUCUGUUUGUGCUGUAUAGCCAAUGCCUAUGGACAUUGUCAUGCCAAAUGUACAAACUGAUCUGGGACCAGGCUAUUGAUUCAGUUUAUAUCUGAGGAACCCAUGAAGGGGGUUUUUGUGUUAAGCUUAAUGGAGUUUCACCCCAAAGUCCGUCUGAUAAAGAGUUAGUGACAUUUUUAAAGCUGGAUUUUUUUGGCGUUCUCUUUCAGCUGUCGGAGUGAAACAGGCCAAGCCACGGGAUUGAGCAAACAAAGAAGUCCGUUUUAUUGAGCAGUGAACAGAACAGGCUGUGAUUUUGGCCAUAGUGACAGGCAGACUAUAGGCCAUUGCAGAGCAGGAUCUGGCAACUAGAGCGAGUGGGUUGAGGAUCAGGAGGAGAGCUGUGGGUGACUAGGAGUGAUGCUUUUAUACAGGCCGAACCUGGGUCAUAGUGGAUACACUAAUUGGCAUUUUUACAAAACUAGCAAAAAAAGCAUUGAUGCAAGACACAUCUACACAAAUAAAUGUGUUGUGAGAUUGGACCUA